CACAAAUCCAUUGAACAACACUGUGCUGCAAAAAACAUGUGAACUCAUUUUGCAACUCUCAGUGUAUGAGCUUCGAGAAAGGACUUUCCAUGAUUUUAGUCAAAGCAAACCCAAUUGCCCAUUAGCUGCUGGGACUUAUAUCCAGUGACCUUUCCUGACGUAUAUCCAACGGAUCGCACCUGUUGGCCACAUGGCCCUACAUGUGAGUAUCCUCUAAAAUUGCUCGGAUUGUAUGCAAUAUUCGACGGAAGCAGACUUGGAAGACAGUUGAUGUCUGUUGCUCCUUGAGUGGAGACUGUCAGCACAGAAAUGUUACUUCUUCACUUUACAGUGAUUUGGAUCGAGCUUUUUUUCGGAGUGAAGAAAGGAGAGUGCAAAGCAAUCGGGGAGUACCCUAGAAGAGGGAUAUUCGGGAAGCCAUUCGGAGAGAUAAGGGAAAGCCCUUUGAAUAGAAGGACGUCAGUGUCGUACUCUGUUCCGGAGGGGACCUCAUUUACCUCUCAUAGCGGUGGCAAUGGCAAUAAUGGCGUUACCGUUAUUGUCUCCUUGGACGGACAUCCAGUAAUUGGGGGCAGGCCCCCAACGAUCAACCAAGGCAGCGGUGGUAUCGGGGGUCAACAUAGCCCCGAAGAAGAGCAGAGACCCGGGGGAGAAACAGGGUUGGAAGGACAGCAGGGUGUUGACGGCCAGCAAGGCACUGAGGGCGACAAUGCUGGCGAUGCCCCGUGCCCCUGUACUUGUUCAUGCCCCUCUGAUGCAUUCAGUCUACCACAAGGACCAAUAAAUAGCGGCGGAAUUGGAGAGGUGUCGAUACCAGAGUCUGCAAUCAUAGCUACCUCUUUUGUGGAUGAUGGCACUGAAGUAGCUACCAGUGCAACAAGCGCUCCGUUUGAAAUUCCCUCCAGUCCGAUUUUGCAGAUGCCUCCGGCGGACACCGACCUGAAUAUACCGGUGAGCACAACUCCACCACCCUUUGGCGUCCCCACGGAUGCUCCCGUACCCUCGGAGACGUCAGAAUUUGUCAGUGAACCGUCGUCACCGGUAGAUUCAGCAAAUCCAAUUUCAGCUACUCCCAUAUCUAGUAUGGAAACUUUGCCCUCCUCUCCUGAUCCGAUGACAUCAUCACAGGUGCUCCCUUCCACACCGACCGAGGGAGAUAUCACUGUGACCAGUGCACCAGCAUUGCCAUUGUCGGGACAGGGAAUUGAUGCCAGCUCAUUGGAACUUCAUAGCACAUUGGUUUUUGGUCUGGGAGGAUGAUUCCAGAAUUGUUUACAUUGUAAAGAUUGAAAUUUGCAUCUUUUGUUCACUGCGGGACCCUCAAA